CACGUGGCUAAAUAUUCAAAAUGGCGGACGAUGAAGACCAUGAAGAAGAGUUGGUUGACAUUGAUAUAACAGAAUGGAAGAAAUUCAAAGUGGCAGAGCUUAGACAGAGAAUGGGUAGCAUAGGAUUAGACACCAAGGGGACCAAAGCUGAACUGAUCGCUAGAGUAGAAAAAUACCUGAAUGAACAAGAAGCAGAUGAUUUAUUGGAAGAGGAAGAGGAGGAGGGGGAAGGUGGAGACCAAGACGGAUUACAAGAGGAAAGUGGCGGCAUAAAAGAGAAUGCAGCAAAUCCUGUUGAAACAACUGGUAAUGCAAAAAAACAGAACCAGUCACAGGCCAGUUCAACUGAAAAUAAAGUAAUCAAUAUUGAGUAUCAGUUACCUCCUCCUGGCCAACCGGUUCCCGUGGUAACGGAGACUCCUCCCACAACUGCUAAAUUAUCUGACAAUGAUAGAUUAAAGAAGAGGGGUGAGCGGUUUGGAGUGACAGAUAAUGCGAUGGCCAAGAAACUAAAAAGAGCAGAGAGGUUUGGUACAGUUUUAGGAAAAAGAGGCGGAGCUCAACUGCCGGCUGAAGACGUUGAGAAAAUGAAAAAAAGAGCUCAGAGAUUUGGCAGUGCUGGAGGAUCACCAAUCAUUAACCAGUUGGAAGAUAAUGAGAAGAAGAAAUCACGGGCGGCUCGUUUCAACCUGUCAGCGACAGACCUAGCAACUGAAGAUAGGAAGGCUAAUCGUGCCGAACGUUUUGGAACAAUAAUUUAAAACAAUACAGACCCACUCUUACAUGCAUGCAUUCACAUCUUUGACUAUUGAAUAUAAUAAUCCUUUAAAAUGGCCAUA